AUGCUCAAUUUUGAGGAGCAGCCUCCUGUGAUAAUUCUUGGCUGGACGACAGUUUUCAGCAGUUCGUUGGAAAGUACACUCGGUUCCUCUUUUUUGCGUUGUAAAAAAGCUACAUGUCGACUGACCAGUAACAGGACACUGCUGAAUAGCAGUCACGUGGUGUUUUUCCAUGAACGAGACUUCAAUGCGACCGACCUACCGAAUCGCAGGCGUCCAUCACAGUUGUACGUCAUUUCCAACUGGGAACCACCUGCAUAUUUGUCAAGCGCUACCUCUUUCAUGAUCGAUAACUUUUUUAACCUCACAGUGACGCACCUACGUAACUCUGACAUAUAUGCUCCAUACGUGGCGAUGGUAAAAAAUGGGGAAGUGCCUCAACUGAUCGAAGAAGACCUGAAACGCCUGGUGAAAGGUAAGACGAAGCACAUUGCAUGGUUUGUCAGCAACUGCAACACUAGCAGUAAAAGAGAGUUAUACGUAAAGGCUCUUCAGAAGUACAUUCCAGUGGAUAUAUACGGCUCCUGUGGACCUUUGCGCUGCCCAAGAGGUAAUAAUAAUUGCACUGAUUUUUUGAAGAACGAUUACCUGUUUUACCUUGCUUUCGAAAACGCAAUUUGUUCUGACUACGUCACGGAGAAAAUCUCAACCGCUCUUAGCACACACAUCGUCCCUGUUGUCCUCAGUCGGGCCGUCGCCCAAUCUGCGCUACCUGAAGGCAGCUUUAUAGCUGUGGAUGAUUUCGCGAGUGCCAAAAGUCUCGCUGAUUUUCUUUAUGAACUUGGCAACAAUACUGCGCGCUAUAUGGCCUAUUUUAGCUAUAAGCAAACGCACGCUGUGAAGACUGUAACAUUGGAGAUGUCCAUGUGUCGACUUUGUGAACAGGUUACAGAAAUUCCCGCGCCACCUACCAGAUAUACGAAAAAUUUCCACGAAUGGUUUCUGGAAAGCAGCAACUGCACUACCGUCGUCGUUACUUAUUAA